UGAAUUUGGAUUUGGUUUUUUAUCACAAUGAUCGACAAGGGUGAAAGUUUGGGUUCUACUUUUGGUUUUUAAACUUGAAAUGUUUUUUUUUAUUGAAUUGUCCAUAGGUUCAUUUUGGUUUCUUCACAAUGAUCGAUAAUUUAUUGUUUGUUGCUGUAAUGCUUAUUUUGUGUUUUGGUUCCACAAUCAACUUUCUCAUUUAUAUAACUUACUCUAAGAGUUGUCAUGGAUCCUUAAUGCUAUCUGUGUAAUGCUGAAUGCCACAAAUUAAGAGCCAUCAAAUUGCCAUUAUCCAGUAAUUACCCCAGCAAUGUCAAGCACUCCUCUUGUUGCAAGGGUAAUAGUAUUCAGGGAAAUUAGCUAAGGUGACCACUGAUGCAUGUAGCUUUGAUUGCAAGACACUACGUGUGUCAGAGACUAAUAGCUCAGGAAAAGCAUAGGUUUCAAGCCUAGACAAAACCCUCAGAAAUCAAAUGGCCAAAGAGAUAUGCAGUGAAAGUCCUUGCUAUUUUAGCUUACAGAUUCUGAGCUAGAUAAAUCCAUCCCCAAGCCCACUUCCGCAGUCCUUUCCGGUGUUGAGCUUUUGAAUAUGAAGUUUCUAGAUUGGUAUUUGAAGAUCGCAUUCGGGUCGGCUCUCAUUGGAGCUUCCAUGGAGUUUUUCAUGAUCAAAACCGGCUUCUAUGAUAAAGUAACAGUUCUGGAGUCUGAAAAACGUGCUUGGGAGAAUUCGCCAGAGGCUCAGGCAGUCAGAGAAGCUCUCAAUCCUUGGACAAAUCGUGAUGUGGAAGCAAAGAAAGAAUCCUAAGUUGGAUGGCCUCGUUCUCAUAAGGAAGCAGAUAAUAUAUGCAGGGUAGUUUUUGAGAAAUACUUCCAAGUAGGACACAAGUGAGAGGUGACCUUGAUCAUAUUAAACAAUUGUUUCAUUCCAUUUGAAGUUUUGUAGUUUCUAUUAUUCUUGUCAUGGAAAAAACAGUCUUUUUCUUUCUGACAAUUUCUAAUUGAAUACCCAAGGUCGACCCUCCAUAGUGCGGUGUUCAUUGAAGAAAUAACAUAUCUUUAACUUGGCUUUAAUGAACUUCCUUUU